AUGCCUUCCAAGAACAGCAACAACGCCUCGGGGCACGGCGGCAGCAAUCAGGUCAGCCAUCGUCUACGCAACUUUUUCCGCAUUAAUAAUACCACCAACGGAAGCAGCCUGGGUGACGAGAAGCAGAAAGACAAGGAGGCCCCGAUCAAGGCACCGUCAAACGACGAAGGUCAGGGGUCUGCGUCUGGGCCCACGAGGCCGUUCCGCGGCCGGUUGUUCAGUAGCACCGUCGGUCGUUUCAGGUCCCAGACCGUCGCGAGCGAAGGCAACCAGCUAGAAGAGGCCCUCAGCCCAACGGCCAAUGCCAACCCCUACUUCGCCCACCAAGGCCACCCCGGCCUUCGUCACCACAACGAGGGCUCCGUGCCGCCCAGUCCGCCGGACACGCCGAUAUUCAAAAUCAGCAGCCCCGAGGACGGCAAGAACGGCCAAAAGGCUACAGCCGAGACCAAGGAAGAGCUAGCUAGGCGGUUGAGGCGUGUGGCUAGUGCCCCCAAUACGCAGCUCCUCUUCAAGAAGGACGGCAGCAAGGGAGGUGCGGAUGGCGAGCGUCCGGCGACGGCGAACCUUGGCAAAGAUCCUCUCAUCGAGGACCCCGGCAAGCCAGGCUCUCUUUCACUGCUCGAGGCACAAUCAGAGGCAGCCAAGCAUCUGUCGCUCAGCCCUCCCGUGGAGGAAGACUCCCUGGCUGCGUUGCCGGCGCCCAAUGCCAACUUGGCCUUUCGCCGAACGUACAGCUCCAACUCGAUCAAGGUCCGCUCUGUCGAGGUCAGCCCCUCGAGUUUCGACAAGAUCAAGCUCAUUGGCAAGGGUGAUGUUGGCAAGGUGUAUUUGGUGCGCGAAAAGAAGAGCAACCGUCUCUAUGCGAUGAAGGUGCUGAGCAAGAAAGAGAUGAUCAAACGGAACAAGAUCAAACGAGCGCUCGCUGAGCAGGAAAUCCUCGCUACCAGCAACCAUCCAUUCAUCGUUACCCUGUAUCAUUCGUUCCAAUCAGAAGACUAUCUAUACCUCUGCAUGGAAUACUGCAGUGGUGGCGAAUUCUUCCGCGCGCUGCAAAGCAGGCCGGGCAAGUGCCUUGCCGAGGAGGACGCCAAGUUCUAUGCCGCAGAGGUGACGGCGGCCCUGGAGUAUCUCCAUCUCAUGGGCUUCAUCUACCGUGACUUAAAACCCGAAAACAUCCUGCUUCACCAAUCCGGUCACAUUAUGCUUUCGGACUUUGACCUGUCCAAGCAGUCCGACCCUGGAGGCAAGCCGCUCAUGAUCGUUGGGAAGAAUGGCGCCAGAACCGACGCGUUGCCCACCAUCGACACGCGCGCGUGUAUUGCCAACUUUAGAACCAACUCCUUUGUGGGCACAGAAGAGUACAUUGCGCCCGAGGUCAUCAAGGGGAGCGGCCACACCAGCGCCGUGGACUGGUGGACGCUGGGUAUCCUGAUCUACGAGAUGCUCUACAGCACAACACCCUUCAAGGGGAAGAACCGCAAUGCGACGUUUGCGAACAUUCUGCGGGAGGAUAUCCCCUUUCCCGAGCACAAUGGCUCGCCCCCAGUGACAAACCUGUGCAAGUCCCUCAUCAGGAAACUCCUCAUCAAGGAUGAGAACAGACGCCUAGGCGCGCGUGCCGGCGCGUCCGAUAUCAAAUCCCAUCCCUUCUUCCGCACAACGCAGUGGGCGCUCAUUCGCCACGGCAAACCGCCCAUUGUACCUGCCAACAGUCUCACAAAGGGCGGCAGCGACACACCCAACUUCCGCAAUGUCAGGGAGAGCGAGAGUGUGGACAUUUCGGGAUCAAGACAGAUGAAGGGCGUGCCCCUGGACAGCGGCUUGGCGACCCCCGGCAACGAGAUAGCCGACCCCUUCCUCGAAUUCAAUAGCGUGACGUUGCACCACGAGGGUGACGAGCAUCAAUACCACAAUGGGCAUAACGGUGCCAACCGGUAG